UUCUGAGAAUCAAUAGAAGAUGAACAGUUUGUGGUUCGUGUGUUUACUGGCCGCGGUUUUGCGAGGGGCAUCCGUGCAAAAAGAGAAUGUCCAGUCUUUCGACAUUAAGGAGACCCAGAAACACACGGAACAGUUACACAUCCUUAAAACAAACGCAGGGAUCAACUAUCAACCCUACGAACAGGCCUGGAAGGAAUUCAAAAUCCUUCAUGGUAAAACUUAUAAGACUGGUAAAGAGGAAAUCCAUCGCUUUGAGAUUUUCAGAAGAAAUGUCCAGAAAAUUGAGGAACACAACCGAUUAUACCAUCAGGGGAAAACAUCUUAUUAUAUGGGUGUCAACCAGUUCACAGACCUGAAACUUGAAGAAUUUGUGAAACGCAAUGGUUUGAACAGAACCUCAGUGAAGUAUAAAGGGUGCUCCGCACACCUUUCAGCCAAUGAUCUUGUGGCUCCAGAGUCUGUUGACUGGAGAAAAGAGGGUUACGUCACUGCUGUCAAAAAUCAGCAUCAUUGCGGUUCCUGCUAUACUUUUAGCACAACUGGUGCCGUUGAAGGACAGCACUUCCGUAAAACAGGUGAUUUGGUUUCCCUCAGUGAACAGCAGAUUUUGGAUUGCUCUGAGUCAUUUGGAAAUAACGGCUGUCAUGGUGGAUUGAUGGACGAUUCAUUCAGAUAUAUCAAGUCAGUAGGGGGGAUCCAAACUGAAAAGGAUUAUCCAUACACAGCAAAGAAAAUGGAAUGUAAAUUUGAACACGAAAAUGUUGCCGCAACAGUCAGCGGAUGUGUUGAUAUCGAGAGAGGAAGUGAAGUAGACCUGAAGCACGCUUUGGCCGAGGUGGGUCCUGUCUCAGUAGGAAUAGAUGCUAGUCACUCAUCAUUACAGUUUUAUGAUGGAGGAGUCUAUGUUGAGCCACACUGCAGCUCUGUUUGGUUGAAUCAUGGAGUUUUAGCUGUCGGAUAUGGUACUCAGGAAGGGAAAGACUACUGGAUUGUUAAAAACAGUUGGGGUCCAGAAUGGGGUAUGGAAGGGUACGUCUUAAUGUCAAGAAACAAAGACAACAUGUGUGGAAUAGCUACCGAAGCCAGCUAUCCUCUUGUUUAGAAAACACGGUAUACAGAUAACUGCAUCCCCAAGGACGAGCAAUCCCAGACGAUUAAUCAAAGCCACAAAAGCAGAUAUAAUUCUGUAUAAUAAUAUGAUAAACCAAAAACCCAAAAAGCUGACACUUCACCGUAUUUUUUUUAAU